UCCCCUUGUCCACUCUUUUUCAACAUUCAACAUGAUCAAGAGGGAACCGGUGCAGCACAUUAUGAUCAUUAUCUCCUUUAUCACCGUCAUCAUCACGAUCACCACCACCAACAGCAAAUGCCCAAUGAUACCAUGCGGUCAAGCGAUCUGAUCCUACGAUCCCUUUUGCCAACCAAUGAAUACAAGAAUGGCUGCAUGGAAAAGUCAUCACCCGAUCGCUAUGAGAGAAAAGAAGACGUACAUUGCUCACUUGAGUGGACAUCAUUGAAGAUGCAAUGGACGAGGAAGAUGAUGGGUUCUGAUCAACUCGUUGAGAGAAAACUGCGAAGAAGGAAGCAAGAUCUUCAAUGCCAAGAACAAGAAACAAAAGACAAUAGCAAUGGAAUAAUAAGAGUUUGUUCCAACUGCAACACUACAAGGACCCCUUUGUGGAGAAGUGGCCCCCAGGGGCCCAAGUCACUUUGUAAUGCCUGUGGAAUAAGGCAACGGAAGGCAAGACGGGCAAUGGCGCUUGCAGCAGCAGGUGGUGCAGUAAUCUCAGCUGAAAAGCCCAUAGAGAUGGAGAGGAAUGAAGACUGUUGUAUCCUUCCUUAUAAGAAGCGGUGCAGAAUCACCCCAACUGCUAAGAAGAAAGUUAAAUUUGAAGAUGUUAUAAUUAGUUUGAAUAAUAACUCAGCUUUCCAUCGGGUAUUCCCGCAGGAUGAGAAGGAUGCAGCAAUAUUGCUAAUGGGUCUAUCUUGCGGUCUGAUCCAAAAUUAAGCUACGAGCGCUUUCUCCUCCUCUUCAAUUUUUGUGGCUUUGAAGGCUGUUGUUGAUCUAAAUGAAGUUUAGUUAGCAUGUGAUUUGUUAGGUUUGAUAGUUUGAUUUGGUAGUGGCCGAGUUUGAUUAAGAAGAAUAAUGUUGGCAACAAC